CAAGUCUUGAUUAAACAAAUAAGCAAGAAGGUGAUGAAGAAGCCAGUUCUGUAAACAAUGAUUUCCCAUAACCAGACAUGUUAUGCCUUCCUUGCAGUUCCAGCUGCUUUGGUGAUCUUCCUGGCUCUAUGUCAAGGCACAUCAGGGCUAACACAAGCUGAGACCCUCCUCAAAUGGAAGCAAAGUCUCCCUCACCAACCAAUUCUAGAUUCAUGGAUGACAAACUCAACUUCAAAUCAAAGUCCAUGUUCAUGGAAAGGUAUCACUUGUGAUUCUCAUGGCAGAGUCACUAUAAUCAACUUGGCCUACACUGGACUUGAAGGUACCCUUCAACACUUGAACUUUUCUGUUUUCCCAGACCUUCUUCGCCUUGAUCUCAAAGAAAACAGCCUCACUGGCCCCAUACCACAAACCAUUGGUGUGCUUUCAAAACUCCAAUUCCUUGAUCUUUCCACCAAUUAUUUCAAUGGCACUUUGCCACUUUCUAUUGCCAAUUUGACCCAAGUUUAUGAGCUUGAUGUGUCAAGAAAUGACAUAACAGGAAUACUAGACCCUCUCUUGUUUCCUGAUGGUUCAGAUAACCCCAAAACUGGCCUCAUUGGUAUCAAAAAUCUUCUCUUCCAAGACACCCUCUUAGGUGGAAGGAUCCCAAAUGAAAUAGGUAACAUCAGAAACUUGACAGUGCUAGCUCUAGAUGGAAACGGCUUCUUUGGUCCUAUUCCUACCUCACUAGGAAACUGCACACAUUUGAGCACUCUCAGAAUGCCUGAGAACCAGCUUUCAGGUCCAAUACCUCCAAGUAUUGGCAAGUUAACCAACCUAACGGAUGUGAGAUUUAUGUUCAACAACUUGAAUGGCACUGUGCCACAAGAAUUUGGAAACCUUUCCUCUCUGGUUGUGCUGCAUCUUGCUGUGAACAACUUCAUUGGUGAACUUCCACCACAAGUGUGUAAAAGUGGCAAGCUUGUGAAUUUCAGUGCUGCAGACAACAGUUUCACUGGCCCAAUUCCAGUGAGCCUUAGAAACUGUCCUUCAUUGUACAGAGUUAGAAUUGAAAACAACAUGCUUACAGGCUAUGCAGAUAAGGAUUUUGGAGUGUAUCCUAACCUUACUUACAUGGAUUUCAGCAAUAACAUGGUGGAAGGUGAGCUCUCUUCAAAGUGGGGUUCCUGCAAAAACUUGCAAUCACUGAAAAUGGCUGGGAAUUCAGUGAGUGGCAACAUUCCUGGUGAGAUUUUUAAGGAGGAACAACUAAUUGAACUAGAUUUGUCCUCCAACAAAAUUUCAGGUGAGAUUCCUCCAGAGAUAGGAAAUGCCUCAAACUUGAAUGAUUUAAAUUUAGGAAACAACAAACUCUCUGGCAUGGUACCUGUAGAAAUUGGAAAACUUUCUAAUUUGAGGUCUUUAGAUUUAUCCAUGAACAUGUUAUUAGGACCAAUCCCAAAUCAGAUAGGGGAGUUGUCCAACUUGAGAAGCUUAAAUUUGAGCAACAAUGAGUUGAAUGGCACAAUUCCUUACCAAGUUGGAAAUUUUGCAGAAUUACAAGAGUUUUUGGAUUUGAGUGAGAACUCACUUUCAGGAGAAAUUCCUUCCAGUUUUAGUAGGCUUUCAAGGUUGAUAAGCUUAAACAUCUCUCACAACAAUUUGUCAGGUUCCAUACCUGAUUACCUCAGUGAAAUGGUGAGUUUGUCCUCACUCAACCUUUCCUACAAUCACUUGGAGGGCACUGUUCCUAAAAGUGGCAUAUUCAACUCUUCUCAUAAGGUGGACUUGAGCAACAACAAAGGUUUAUGCGGGAAUGUCAGAGGUUUACAACCUUGUAAGGUUUCUCUCACUGAUGGUGGAAGUGGAAGUAACAAAAAUAAGGUUUGGAUCCCCAUUGUUGCUUCUCUAGGAGGUGUUGUUUUUCUCUCAUUGGUGCUAGUUGGUGUUUUCUUCUUCUGCUACAAGAGAAAGUCAAGGGCUUCAGGACAAAAAUCUUCACUAAAGAGACUAGAUAAUCCAUUUUCAAUAUGGUACUUCAAUGGCAGAGUUGUGUAUGGAGACAUCAUGGAAGCUACCAAGAACUUUGACGACAAGUAUUGCAUUGGGGAAGGAUCUCUUGGAAAAGUUUACAAAGCAGUGAUGCAAGGAGGUCAAGUUUUUGCUGUGAAAAAGCUGAAAUGUGAUGAAGACAGCAUAGACACUGAGAGUAUAAAGACUUUUAAGAGUGAGAUAGAAGCCAUGACAGAAACAAGGCACAGAAACAUUGUGAAGCUGUAUGGAUUUUGCUCUGAAGGGAUACACACUUUUCUGGUUUAUGAGUAUAUGGGAAGAGGGAACUUGUGUGAUAUGCUGAGAAAUGAUAAAGAAGCAUUGGAACUAGAUUGGCAUAAGAGGGUUGAUGUUGUGAAAGGUGUAGCAAAUGCUUUGUCCUACAUGCAUCAUGAUUGUGUUCCACCCUUGAUUCAUAGAGACAUAUCAAGCAAUAAUGUUUUGUUAUCCUUCGAUCUUGAAGCUCAUGUCUCAGAUUUUGGCACUGCAAGGUUUCUGAAGCAUGAUUCACCUCUUUGGACAUCAUUUGCAGGCACAUAUGGCUAUGCUGCUCCAGAGCUUGCAUACACACUGGCAGUGACUGAGAAAUGUGAUGUGUUCAGCUUUGGUGUUUUGGCAUUUGAGAUUCUCACAGGAAAGCACCCUGGUGAUCUUGUUUCAUACAUACAAACUUCGAGUGUUAAAAAGAUAGACUUCAAAGAGAUAUUAGACCCUCGCGUCCCGGUCCCACUUCCUGCAAGGAGGAAUGUUUUGAAGGAAUUGGCAUUGAUUGCAAACUUAGCUCUAUCUUGUUUACAAAACAACCCUCAAUCUCGACCAACCAUGCGAAGCAUAGCUCAGUUGCUUGAAAUGGAGAAUGUAGAUCACCCUUGAUUGAAGAAUUUUACUAAUUUUUGUAUUUGUUCAUAUUCGUGUAUGCUUGGAAAUCAUUCUAGAAUUAAUUCUAAAUUCAAAAUCAAUUAUAAGAAAAAGCUUCAAUCAGGAGCUUAUGAGUGACAGAAUUGUUAAAUGAGAAAAUGGAAGCUGAUCCAUAUGUACUAUUCGCAAUAUACAAUUUUGUGGUGCAUAUGCUCUGUGUAUAGUGUAUAAAACUCUUGUACUUUAUCCUUUAGGCCAUAGUGAUUUUUUUCCCUGGCUAAACAAGAACUGUGUUAAAUGAAAGGGUUAAAGUAUUCAUAAUGUACAA